AAAAGUCUUUCUUUAUGUUCUUCCACCAGCCUGGCCCCCUUAUAAACUGACAUCCUCUCUCAAGGGCACCAGCAAGAUGGGCCUCCUGUGGACCCCACUCUCCCUUUUGCUUCUCUUGCUCAGGGAGCCUGCCAGCCUGGGGACAGAGGACCGCCCCAGCUGUCCAGAACCCAGGGAACUAGAAGGCAGCAAAGUUGUCCUCCUGCCCAGCUGUCCUGGACCCCCAGGAAGUCCUGGGGAGAAUGGAGCUCCAGGUCCUUGAGGGCAACCUGGACCACUGGGCAAUAUGGGCCCCACGGGUGAGCCAGGAGAUCCAGCAAACCUGCUUCGGUGUCAGGAGGGCCCCAGGAGCUGCCAGGAGAUGCUGAGCCGGGGUGCCACCUUGAGCGCUUGGUACCAUCUGUGUCUACCUGAAGGCAGAGCCCUUCCAGUUUUUUGCGACAUGGACACCCCAAGAGGUGGUUGGCUGGUGUUCCAGAGGCGACAGGGACUGGAUUUCUUCCGUUCUUGGUCCUCCUACAAAGCAGGUUUUGGGAGUCAGGAGUCUGAAUUCUGGCUGGGGAAUGAGAAUCUGCACCAGCUGACUCUCCAGGGUACCUGGGAGCUACGAGUGGAGCUGGAAGACUUUCAUGGCAACAGCACCUUUGCCCAUUAGGAGUCCUUCCGCCUCCUUGUGGAGGCAGAUCACUAGCAGCUGCUGCUGGGCAAGUUUUUAGAGGGCACUGCAGGGGACUCUGUAAGCUAUCACAAUGGGGAGUCCUUUACCACCUACGACGCUGACCAUGACGCAAUUGGGGACAACUGCACAGUGACUGUCCAUGGUGCCUGGUGGUAUGAAGCCUGCUAUCAAUCUCAUCUCAAUGGACGUUAUGUGAUGUCCCACACUACUGCCCACACUUAUUGCAUUGACUGGGCCUCAGGCCUUGGCAUGGGCCACCCUUACCACAGGGUUCGCAUAAUGCUUCCUUCCGGAUGCUCGGCUACUCCUAACCAGUGCUAA